AUGGACGACUCGACAGUCACGACCUUCAGCGAGAGCACAGCGACUCUGGAGGCCAGCAGCACCACUUCGGUCGUCGAGGACAGCGACAGCGAGGAAGGCAACCGCUGCCUGGGCUGGCUGUUUCCCGGCGUCUUCUACGUGUUCCUCGCAGUGCUCGUGAUCGGCCUGGUGCUCUUUGAGUACAAGACCGCCGGCGUCCGCCAAAUGAUCUUCGCACCUGCGGAGAUCACGCCCGAAGUGAUAGCCCCUGCAGUCCUACGCAGUGGCGGUAGCAUCAACAUGGAUGCGACAGUGACGAGUGCCGGCAGAACUGCGGGUGCCGCCGCGUCGCCCAGUAAGAGCGAGGCCGGCCGCACGGUCGCCGUCACCACGGCUUCGACCAACAGCUCGACGGCCGGGACCCGGGGUCUGAUGAGGCGCUUUCUGUGGCCCUUCGGCACAGCCUCACCCGUCGCCAAGAGCACCGGGCCGCGAUGGCGUCCACCCGAGUCGUGCUUCAACGUGACCGUGGUGACGUGCGACUUCGAGUCGUUCCGGGAGCGGGCCUUCUACGUGGCCGAGUCCUCGUACGGCGGCUUCUUCUGCGCCGAGUGGCUGCAGCACACGCACUGCCCCGUCAACGAGGAUCGCUUCAGCGUCUACAGCCACUGCGACUCGAAGUGCAAAGCCACCUCGGGCCAGAAAUGCGACGAGCCGAGGUUCCGGCUGUGCACCACGGCUGACAAGGUGUACCAGUACUACUACAGCCAGGGCAAGUGCGAACCUCUGGACAACGACGAGACGGGCUGCCUGGUCGGCAGGAACCGCUUCGAGAACAGGGACGCCUGCACGCAGGCCUGCGGUGACGAGGACACCCUGCAGAGUCGCUGCCGAGACGAGUGGGGCGUGACGACGUGCGCGUUCGAUCACCUGCGCUACCUGUACUACUACAACGCCGAGAACCAGGCGUGCGAGAUGUACAACUUCUGCGGCCGCAGCGCCUUCCGUACGGCGCACGACUGCGAGCGGGCCUGCCUGGCCGAGCAGCCGCCGCCGCCUUCGGUCGCCGACGACCCGAGCUCGGCGGCGGCGGAGAGCCGCGCGACCGUCUCCGACGACGCGGCCGGCGGCAAGGCCGUCCGGGCGCCGUACGUGAGACGGCGACGGCGGCCCCGCAGGACGCGUUGACGCGCACCCGGCGCGAACGGACUUUGGUAUUUUUAGUUCUCGUCGUCGUUCGUUGCGAUUUGAAUAAAGUAGAGCGAAA